GAAUAUGAGCUUGUGUAUACGUUCGAACUUGUGUACACCCCACAAGAGGUUUUAUAUGGUGUUCCUAUUGUUAGGAGCAGUAGUGCAGUGGUUGGUAUCGCGUGUCACUAUUCAAGAAAGCAUAAUGUGAGUAGCGAUGCCUUAAUGCCCAAUUGGAUCCCAUAUGCCGCUUCUAAAGCUGCAGAGGAGAUCUUUGUGUUCUCCCUCAGGCUCAUGACUGAUGACUGGCAAUUCGAGAGACCUUCUAACCAGUACUUCCUGGGUGAUAUCAUAAACAUUGAGGCGUCUGUACAGCCAUACAACCACGUUCCCAUCCGUGUAUUUGUGGACAGCUGCGUUGCUACAACAGUUCCUGAUGCUGCAUCUAUCCCCAGAUACUCCUUUAUUGAGAACAAUGGGUGCCUAGUUGAUGCCAAACUCACAGGCUCAAGGUCUCACUUUAUGCCCCGAACUCAAGGUGAUAAGCUGCGGUUUCAGCUGGAGACAUUCAGGUUCCAUCAAGCAGGCAGUGGACUGAUCUACAUGACAUGCAUAUUGAAAGUGGCUGCAGCAACUUCUCCUGCUCCAAAUAAGUCCUGAACAAAAG